AUGAGCUCGCAAAGUUCAAACGCAGUGACGGCAGAAUCAUCGCACGAAUAUCAACGACCUAUACUACGUCCUAUACUACCACCAAAACAUCGUUAUAUGUCAAAUUACCUUAAUAUACCGCAAGUAAAUGCCGAAUCUUCAACUGCCAACAUUGGUAUAUUUGAAAAUGGUCUUGUGGAAAGUCCCAUUCUUUCAAAUGGAGAUAUUACGAAUGCUGGCGGUAUAAUUCUUCCUGUAAAUCCACCCGAUGACGAUAUAUUUAUUGAUAGUCAAGCUGACCCUUUUCUUUUGGUAUCGUUAAGUCAAAAACCACCUCCAAGACCAAAAUAUGAAUUUUUAUUAUAUUUAUUCGGUAUCUUGGAUAUGGUUAUUGUUUUUAUUUGUUCUUAUUUUUUGGUUCAUAGUGCUGAAACUGGAAGUUGGCGUUGGAAUAGAGCUAAAUGGGAUAUGAUUAUAUUAGCCCUUUUUAGAUUCGCUGUUGUGUUAAAAGUAACUUCUUCCACUUGGAUCAAUAAAUCACGAUACUUACUGGGCGGCGCUUGUUGUAUUUCUUCAUUGUAUAUAAUUUUUAAAGCAAAUCUCAUGUUUCAACACAAACGUCCAACCCAAGGAUAUGAUCUUAUCUUAAUGGCUUCAUCCUUCUUCUUUCUUCAAUUGCAUUGGAUAGCAAACGUUAUCAUUACGACUGACACUAGACAUCGUGACUUAUUCUUACGUGCAAAUACUAUUGUCUUUGAAGAAGAAAGUACCGAUUUUAGUGAUGGAUUACUUGGAGAACACGAUGACAUCUCUCGAAAUGACACACCAUCACCUUUACCGUAUUAUGGUGCAACCGAUAGUUAUAAUAGUACUUCUAUCGAUAAAGGUGCACGCAUUUAA